AUGGCUGAUACUCCUCCUCCUACCCCAUCCGAGCUCCUGAGGAUGGUGACCGAGUUUCAACAAGCAAACCAACGGAUGGCGGAGGACAAUCAGCGCAUGCAAAAUCAAAUCGCGCAACUGGAACAUGCUCGUCUGGAGCAUAAUAACAAUAACCACGAACAACACGGGAAUGAUGAACGGCAAUCGCUACCAACUCAUGUCUCUGAUACACCUCAACACAGAAACGACGAGGAGCAACAGAAUGAAGAGGCCCAACCUGAAGAUGAGGGAGAAAACCCCGACAACUCUGUAGGACCGUUCACAGCUGAGAUAAUGAACUUCCAGCUACCCAGACAGUUCACUUUGCCGACCACACUAACCCCAUACGACGGCCUGGGAGAUCCAAAACAACAUGUUAAAAAAUUCCGAUCAAUCAUGAUUGUUAACGGUGCUUCUGAUCCUAUUUUAUGCCGAUGUUUUCCUUCUUUUUUAGAUGGUCCUGCACUUGAAUGGUUUUGUUCUUUGCCUGCAGAUUCUAUAUCACGUUUUCAGGAACUAGCCAAACAGUUCGAGGACCAUUUUGCAGCUUCGGCGAUAUAUCUCCACGACUCUGACUACCUAACGACCAUCAAGCAGGGUCCACAGGAAAGUCUAAAGGAUUAUAUAACUCGGUUCACUAAGGUCGCCAUGAGUAUUCCGGAUCUCCAUCCCGAAGUACACCUUCACGCCAUUAAAAGCGGCCUACGUCCAGGAAAAUUCCAGGAGACCAUCGCGGUGGCUAAGCCGAAAACUUUAGCUGAGUUCCGUGAAAAAGCCAAGGGACAAAUAGACAUCGAAGAACUCCGCCAAGCACGGAAGUCAGAAAAGUCGGCCACUAAAGACGACGAAAGAGCUCGGGAUUCCAAGAAGAGUUUCAAAUCGGUCCCUCGUUACGAAUCAUAUACCCAAUUUAAUACCAAGAGGGAUGAUAUCAUUAAGGAAAUACUGAAUUCAAAGUUGAUUAAACCUCCCCGCAAGGCAGGAAAUUACCUCGAGCCCAAAAAUGUCGACAGAUCAAAAUACUGCACCUUUCAUCAGAAGCAUGGUCACACAACUGAUGAGUGUGUAAUCGCCAAAGAUCUCCUAGAACGGUUGGCACGACAAGGCCAUCUUGAUAAAUUCAUUACAGGUCAUAUGCAGAAAAGAACGGCAUCCAACUCAGAGCAACCCCCAACAGGUCAACCAUCAAAGGAAAAGGACAAAGCCCCGACUCAACCACGGGGAGUAAUUAAUUGUAUUUCAGGAGGCUAUGCCGGUGGGGGAAGUACCAGCUCAGCCAGGAAAAGAACUUUCCGAGCCAUGUUAAUGGUCGGAGAUACUGACCAUAGUUCGACACCAAUCCCAGACAUUCCAAAGCUGACCUUUCGCCCCACCGACUUUAAUUCCAGACACACAAAUUGCGACGACCCCGUGGUCAUCUCUAUCCAACUGGGGGACCUUAUUGUUCGGAAAGCAUUGCUUGAUCCAGGGAGUAGUGCUGAUGUACUUUUUUUUGCAACAUUUCAAAAAAUGAAAUUGAGCACUAACAUUUUGCAGCCAUAUUCGGGAGACUUGGUCGGAUUCUCAAGAGAGCGAGUACCCGUCCUGGGGUCUGCAUGGUUGCAGACUACACUAGGCGAACAGCCACUAUCCAGAACACAGGAUAUACAGUACCUUGUCGUAGAUUGCUUUAGCCCUUAUAAUGUUAUCUUAGGGAGACCUUUUUUAAACAGAUUUGCUGCUAUUGUUUCUACAUAUCACUUCUGUGUCAAGUUCCCUGUGCAGGAUAACAUUGUUGAAACCAUACAUGGCGACUUGCAAGAAGCUCGACAAUGCUACAACAUAAGUUUGAAACCCAUCAGAAGAAACACUGAAGCUCGGAUUAACUCAAUACAAUCCGAACAACCAAUCUUGACGGAAUUAGACCCAAGGGCCGACUUUCAGGAACGUCCCAUGCCUAAUGAAGAUCUUCAAAAGGUCACCUUAACCGACGAUCCAUCAAAGUUCACAUUCAUCGGAACUUCAAUGGACGACGAGGCCAGAGUUCAGAUAACUAAUUUCUUGCACGCGAACUCCGACCUUUUCACAUGGACUUCCGGAGACAUGCCGGGGAUCAGUCCGUCGGUAAUCACACACAAGUUAGCUGUUAGUCCGGCAGCCCGACCAAUUUCCCAAAAAAAGCGAAACCUCGGCGCCGAGAAGCGAUCAGCCUCCAUGACAGAAGUCAACAAACUCCUUGAAGCAAAAUUCAUCCGCGAAAUCAGAUUCACCACGUGGUUGGCCAAUGUCGUCAUGGUAAAAAAGAAUAACGGUAAAUGGCACAUGUGCGUCGACUUUACUGAUUUAAAUAAAGCAUGUCCAAAGGAUGCUUAUCCUUUACCUUGCAUAGACACAUUAGUAGAUAACUCCUGUGGUUAUGAUACUUUAAGUUUCAUAGAUGCAUAUUCUGGUUAUAAUCAGAUCCUUAUGCAUCCAUCAGACCAAGAAAAAAUAGCUUUCAUAACUGAAUAUGGAAACUAUUGCUAUAAUGUUAUGCCUUUCGGUUUAAAGAAUGCAGGGGCAACAUACCAAAGACUGAUGAACAUAAUUUUUGAGCAACAAAUAGGCAGAAAUAUCGAGGUAUAUGUCGACGACAUGGUCGCCAAGACAAAGGUCGGCCAAUCCCACAUUCAAGACCUUGAAGAAAUAUUUGCUCAAAUCAGAAGGUAUAACAUGCGAUUAAACCCCGAGAAGUGUGCCUUCGGGGUAAAAGGUGGAAAGUUCCUCGGAUUUAUUCUGACAAGUCGGGGAAUUGAAGCAAAUCCAGAGAAAUGCCAAGCAAUACUUGAUAUGAGCAGCCCAAAGACAACAAAGGAUGUUCAGAGGUUAACAGGCAGAUUAGUGGCUUUAUCAAGAUUUUUACCAUGCUUGGCCUUCAAGUCUUUCAACUUUUUCCAAUGUUUAAAGAAAAGUGCGAAGAGCUUUUCCUGGGAUGAGAAAUGUGAAGAAGCAUUUUUGAGCUUGAAACAUUUCUUAUCCAAACCACCUAUUUUGCAAAAACCAAAGCUCGGCGACCUGUUAUACCUAUAUUUGCCCGUCACCGAGAUGACCAUUAGUUCUGCCCUUGUUACAGAAAACAGCAAAGACCAGCAGCCGAUAUAUUUCGUGAGCAAGACACUACAGAAUGCGGAGCUUAGAUAUCCAAAACUUGAAAAGCUCGUCCUUGCACUCAUAUUCUCAGCAAGACGACUCCGACCUUAUUUUCAGAGUCAUACAGUCAUCGUCCGAACAGAGCAUCCACUUCGACAGAUACUCUCCAAGCCCGAAUUAGCAGGGCGACUGACUAAAUGGUCUAUUGAACUCUCCGAGUUCGACAUACAAUUCCAACCUAGGGGAUCUAUUAAAUCACAAUGCCUGGCUGAUUUUGUGGCAGAAUUUACUAGCACUUCAUCCGAUGAAAGAAGUCGGCUCUGGACACUAUUUGUAGAUGGAGCUUCAAACCCUCAAGGGGCAGGAGCAGGAGUACUGCUAGAAAGCUCGGAUGGUAUAAUCCUCGAACACUCUCUCAGAUUUUCAUUCAAAGCAAGCAAUAACCAAGCAGAGUAUGAGGCCCUCAUAGCUGGGCUCAGGUUAGCCACUGAUUUAAACAUUAGUGAUUUAAAGGUUUACUGUGAUUCAUUAUUAAUCGUGCAACAAGUAAAUCAAACUUUCCAAACAAAAGAUCCCACUCUUUCAAAGUAUUUGCAUAUUGUUCAGACGUUGUUAAACAAAUUUUCUAAAAUACAAAUUGCCCAUAUUCCUAGAGAACAAAAUCAUAGGGCAGAUGUCUUAUCAAAAUUAGCAACAACGCAAGCACACACUGCUACACUUUUACAAUCAACCUUAGACAAACCGAGCAUUGAAUCAGCCAAAAUUUUAAACACCUUGAGUAAAGAUAGUUGGCAACAACCUUACAUUCAAUACCUCCGCAACGGCUCUGUUCCGGAGGAAAUUGAAGACAAAGGUAAAUUCAGAAGACAAGCUUCUUUUUUCACCUUGAUAAAUAACACUUUGUAUAGGCGAGGUUACUCUCGACCAUUGUUAAAAUGUCUGGAUAGGUCAGAAGCCGACCUUCUCUUAGCCGAGGCUCACGAAGGAAUCUGUGGCAUACACUGUGGAGCUCGGAGCUUAGCACAGAAAGCCCUCCGAGCAGGAUUUUAUUGGCCGACAAUAUGGGAGGACAGUAGGCAUAAAGUCAGAACCUGCGACAAUUGUCAGAAGCACUCGCCGAUCAUUAAUAUCGAUGGAGAAUAG